ACCCUUGUGGUAGGGUUUUAGCGUCUUUUCGGCCCAAUGACUGAAAACCCUUGAUCGUAACGGAACCACACACACUCGUAUCAUCGAUAAUGGCGACUGCAGCGGCUGCCGCUCGAUCUAUAUUCCGGUCAUCCUCUGUUCGCAGUGCGGCGGCUCGUGCAUCCUCCCAAGCUAAAGCCGCUCGUUCUCCGUUCCGCAUCGGUACCCAGAAUUCACUCUCCAAUCGCAUCUUCAGGUGUCCAGUUGAAAUGAGUGCUUGUUUGGAAUCAUUGCAACCUUUUCACACAGCCACUGCUUCCGCAUUGAUGACUUCCAUGCUAACCCUUUCUCAACGCGGUUAUGGUUGGCUCCCUGAAGGCGUUGACAAGACUAGAUGAAGAACGAGAAGCAAAGAUAGAAUGAGUUGGAUAUGUUUGUUUUAAAACUGUGUUUAAAUAGAAAACAUAUGAGUCCAUCAGAUACCGAUCAAUAACGAAUUACAAAGUUUUGAAAUGAACACGAUGCAUGCUUAUUGUUGGAAGAUUUAGUUUCGAAGCAUGGUACACCGUUUAUUUAUUUAUCAUCACUGGAUGUUUAAUUCGUGUUGCAUCUUGUUUGAUCAGCUUGCAAUGACGAUGUGUGACGGGCAAUAGCAGUCAUCAGGCUAUGGGAGUUGCUUAACUUUUUCAGCCUAUUUUGAUAAACACUAUGCGUGAAGCAGGUGAACUUGAAUAAUGAUAUUUGUUAAAGUGUCUUUAAAGAGCCAUCAAAAUAGCAGUUGUGCAUUUGUUUGCAUUUGUAUCCUAUCUGUUUUCAGUUAACAAAGCAGUUGUGUUUUCCAAGUUGUACACAAGUUGAACAUAUAAGUUAUUAAUUUCUUAUAGUAUAUAUCAUAA